UAAUCUGGAAAUCGUGGAUUUGAAAUCGCAAUUGAAAAAACGAGACGCGGAGAUUUUAAUGCUCACGAAAGAAUUGCGCUCAUUUGAUUCUAAAAUUCAAAAUGAAAUUUUGGACAUGAGAAAAAUUAUUGGAACUACACACAAAUUUGUUUCAUUCAAUCUUUGUUCAUUUGAGGAAAUUACACAUGAGUCAAUUCAGUUCGGAAUGAAUAUUGUUAAAUUAAACGUACAAAGUGGUCAACUGAAGAAAUUUUACUUCAAUCAUAUUUUAAAUGGUAGCGGAGAAAAGCUAGAAUGUAUGGUACCGAUACUCAAUGCAUAUUUAUCUGGAGAAAAUGCCUGUGUAAUAGUCCACGGAGAAACAGGUAGCGGCAAAUCAACAAGCAUGUAUGGAACGGUUCAUUGUCCAAUGUCAAAUGAGAAAGGAAUUAUUUCGGUAGCUCUUGACUAUUUAUUGGGCAAAAGUCAUAAAUUACAUGUGUCUUUCGUUGAAUAUUAUAAUGGCAAAUGGGCAGAUUUAUUAAGUGAUAAUGUUACGAUGGAAGAUAAACCAUUAAAGGAAUGCCAUGAGUAUGAAAUUAAAUCGAUCGAGGACAUACAACCCUUUUUGAAAAAUGUUCUUCAAAAACGAAACACAAAAUCAACAAACCAAAAUAUGCGAUCUUCAAGAUCAAAUGCAGUGAUGAUUUUAUCAAAUGGUAAAUCGAAAAUGUUAUUUGUAGAUAUGGCUGGCAACGAAAAUAUCGAGGACAAAGAAAACAUUAAAGAAACUUGUUCAAUCAACAAGUCGUUAUCACAAUUGAACACAGUUCUUGUCUACAAAUCCCAGCGAAAAAAACAUCCACCUUAUCGUGAUGAUGCCUUUACUUUGUAUUUGAAGCCAUAUUUAGAGAAAAACAAAGCUGUUGUAUUUUUUCAUGUACGCAAGGAAAAUAUUGUUAAAGAUUUGUUAAAAAUUCAUACUAUUGUCGGCAUGAAAGCAAUUGAAAAUGAAGUAUCACCCAAGAAGAAUGCAUACCUUCGUUAACCGAGAUUUGACGAAUUGAAAACUAUUUUACUUGGUUAGAUAUUAAGAAAACAACAUCGUGAAAUCUCUAACACUGAAAAGAAAAUUCAAUAAAAAUUAUUUUGUUUCCAUCUACUUUUGAUCAUUAAA